AUGAAAUGUGCAUCAGAAAUUUAUGACGUAUUUACCGAUGUCAGGACACUGAUCACUGAAUUGAAUUCCGACUUUGAACAGUAUUACAGAAACUUUACACCAUCUACAGUAUUGAGUCCAUAUACAGAGCAAACAUCAAUUUUCGAUUUAACAGACGAACAUAUAACAUUCAUGUGGUAUCAACUAGUGAUCGAUAUUUUACUGCAUUCAUCUGAGGAAAGUAAUGGUAAAAAUGAAAUGCUAAAUGUUUGCCGAAUACACUACAGAACUAAUGAAACUUACUUAGGCAAAAUCGACGAAUUUGAACGAACUUAUAAGAAAGAAGAUGCAAUUAGUUGGCACACAAAAGAUUCAUUUUUAUAUAAAGUAAUAAAUUUAGCUCUUCAAAAACAAUCUAUAAAUAUAAUUUAUAAAUUUCGUCUUUUUCUCAAAGAUCUUUAUGAUCAAUUAUGCAAAUUACAUAAAAUCUACCGUCAGAUAUUAUUAUGUGAUAAAAGUGAUACAUUAAACGUGUUUCGAACUCAGUGGAUAGCCACAGAUGAAGUUAAAAAAUGUCAGACUAAUAUUGGCGGUUUGACUGCAACGACAACAUUUUUAUCAACAAGUUUUUCGUCUGAAGCGGCUCUUCUUUUUAUUGCUGGUUAUGAAGAGCCAAUUGGACGUUCAGAUAACACUCCAGUGUUAUUUGAUAUAGAUAUUGGCACUACUACUGCCAAACCAUUUGCUUAUCUUCAUCAGAAUUUGAACAGUGAAACAGAAAAAGAAUUACUUCUUUCAAUUGAAUCGACGUUUCGAACUGAGUCAGUAGAGAUAAUAAAUGAUGAAGUACUAACAGUAAUAAAACUGAUAGCAUGCAGUAGUGAUGAAGAUUUUAAUUUGAAAAAUAGCAAACAAAAUUUUAAGAAAAUCUUAGGAAUUGACAGACGACAUCAGGAUAUGAAAUGGGGCUACCUUCUCUUUGUAAUCGGUGAAUAUAAAUUAGCCGAACAGCAUUACAAAAUUUUACUUGCGAAACUUACCGAAAACGAUUUAAAUUAA